CGACCUCCUGGAGAGACACAGAAAAUAAAUCCUGCUGUUUAAUGGACAAAUACAGAAGUAACAAAUCUAUUUCAGUUUUCUGUUCACACACAGUUUCAUUUAGGUGGAUGAUCACUGUUGGUGCUUGAGGUCUUUAAAUGUCUGUCACAUGAUAUCGACCUCUCUCGACUUUAUACAUCAUCAUAUCUACUUCAGAGAUGUGGAACGUCUCCAUAUUAAUGUGCCUUUGGAAAGGGAGAUCGUAAUCAAAAUCAUGUCUGAUGGUCAAAUCUCCAGAUAAUUUGUCUGUACACUUUACUUCUGGGUCAAAACGGAUGUAUAAGAACAUGUGCGUGUGUUCAGAAGACCUCAACUUCCUGUCCUAACAGUUUGACACCCAUGGUGUGAGUUUGUAGAUAUUUUGGGUGUAUUGCUUUAUUCCAGGAAGUACUUUUAUUUCUCACACACUGAAGAAGAGAUGAAGAUGAUGCGCUUGGCUCUGAUUCUGCUCGUGCUGUCUGGUGUUUUCACCCAGGACAGUAAAUGGGGUGUGAAAUAUCCUGAUAAACCAAUCUGUGCUGUGAGAGGAUUCAGUGUCUCCAUUAACUGUAGUUAUUAUUAUCCACAAGGUCAGCAGGUGAUACAAAAGCUUUGGUGCUCGAGGAACUCAAACACAGGCCAAUGCAAAAACCCACCACAUGUUUAUAACAGCUCUUUAUACACCAAGUCAGACUUUAAGUUCACUGGAGACAACAAAUCAGACUGUACUUUAUUAAUCCACAAUGUACAGUUCAGUUAUUCUGGAGUUUACAAAUUCAGAUUUAUUACUGAUGUGGACAAAUGGACAGGUGAACCUGGAGCGACUCUACAAGUUACAGAUUUAAAGGUGUCACUAAUCAGACUCAGUGGAAACGGAACCCUUAAACAAGGAGACUCCUUAAAUCUGACAUGUGAUGUGAGCUGCACACACACUUCCUCACAGUUUGUGUGGUCUAAGAACAACCAGCGUUUAUAUACAUCAGGACUCGUUCUUCACUUUCCUGCUCUAACCCUGAGGGAUUCUGGGAAUUACACCUGCACUUGGGGAACCGGUGAGACGUCAGCAUCUGAAACCAUCAGCCUUCAUGUGGAGGAUGACGGCACUGAAAAUCCUGAACGUUGGUUGAUGUGGGUCAUUGUUGGUGUGACUGCCGGAGUGAUUGUCGUCAUCACAGGAGCUGUGAUUCACAAAAGGAGGAGUGUCCACACCGAGCAGAAGAACAAGGAUGAUUCUGGUACAUACAACAACAUCCAGAAGGAUGAGGAUGAUUCUGCAAUCUACACCAAUGUCCAGAAGGAUGAGGAUGAUUCUGCAAUCUACGCUAAUGUAUAAUAGAGUGAGCUGAUCACAGUUUCACACCUCAUGCUCAGUUAAAAAAUUUCCUCUUUGCCUUAAAAUAUUACACAAAACAUUUCCUGUAUGUUGCAUCUGCACUUCAUUUCAUGAUAGAUGGCUGUUUAAUGUGUUAAUGUUUCUAGUUUUGAUAACUUUAUGUUAGAUUUCUAUAAGAUUCUAUCAUUUUUUUGAUUUUUUUCCAACUAUAACAUUUAUACAGAUGUUUGAUGUUUUAUAUGUAAAUUAGAGUAGAAGUCUAUCCUCCUUUCUCCUGUAUUUUGUUCUUGAAGUGAGCUGCUACUCAACAGAACGCAGUACGCACUGAUUUGUCACUGAAAUGUUCAUGAAGUUUCUAGUUAAUAUAAAACUGAUACACAAAAAACCGAAACACAACCUGCAACACAACCAACACACACUUAUCUGUACACAUAGCAUAUUGAGUAAAUACUUCCAGCUUCUGUGUUAAACCACAUCUUUUACACUUCCAGAACAAUAAAAUUGUG